AAAUGAAAUUAAUUCAAAUUAUAAAUCUACUCUUGGAAUUACUCCAAAUUAUAAAGAAAAACAUUUAAUUUCGUCCAAUUUACAGACUGAACCUAUUGAUUUAAAUACCUUAACCGACGGAGUCUUAAGUAGUAGAAUUCUUUUAAGUGCACAAUAUUUCUUCACUAACGUAGAGACUGAACAAAGAACACGAACUGUAUUCAGCAUAGUUGGUCUCGUGGGUGGUGCUUACGGUGUAGCUGCGGCAUUAUAUGUGGUUUUAUUUGGAACAAAUGUGAUCCGUCCUUGGGGUUGUGUGCAACAUAGUUGUGGAUUACGCAACAAAACGCAAAAUAAACUUCGAAAAGAACUUCCGAUAAUCCCACUAAUUAACAGUAAUCCUGGAAUAUUAAAUACUUCACGAGAAAUUUCUCGUGAAGAACAUAUAGCGUUACAACGUCGUGUUCAUUCCUUAGAAGUUUUCUUGAGAGAAUAUGUAGUAGACAUUAAAUACUUGAACGAAUUGAAAGAAGAUGGUGCAACGAGGGAAGAUGAGGGAAACGAUAUGCUUCCUGUCAAUGUUAAUUAUAAUCAUUACAAUAACAACAACGUCGCGUCACCUUACGGCAUAUCGACAUAUAACGUACACAACUAA